AUGAGUUGGUUUCCAGAUGAGGAUGGGAUACGACAAACGUUAGAUUUGCUACAUAAUUCUCAAUCAACUGACACAAACGUUCAAAGGGUUGUGCAUGAGAAAUUGAAUGAGUUAAACAAUGUUCCUGAUUUUAACAAGUAUCUAGCUUAUAUCUUGACAAAUGCGGGCUCGGAAAGUGACAGCACGCGUUCUCUUAGUGGACUUAUUCUGAAAAAUAACUUGAAAAGUCACUUUAAGAGAUGCCCUCCUGAACUUAUUAGCUACAUCAAGGAUGGGUGUUUACGGUGCAUCAGUGAUAGCUCACCUAUGAUCAGAUCAAUUGUCGGGAUCCUUAUUACCACUAUUGUAACUAGUGACGGGAUACAAAAUUGGCCAGAGUUGCUCCCAAAGUUGGUGGAAUGUAUUGAUUCUCAUGAUAUUAAUUUUAUGGAGGGUGCUUUUGGUGCGAUCGAAAAAAUAUGCGAAGAUUCUUCGUCUCAACUUGAAACCGAUCGUAUUGGUUGUCCUAUAGGACUACUUAUUCCAAAAUUCUUACAAUACUCCCGACAUGACAGUGCCAAAAUCAGGUCCCAUGCUCUUGCAUGCAUCAACCACUUCAUACAUAGUCAAUCUCAGGUUCUCCUGCACUUUGUUAACGAGUUUCUGGAGUGUUUGUUCGCUUUAGCCGAAGAUGAAGAUCCAAAUGUUCGACGACAUGUUUGCUCUGCAUUUGUACAGCUUCUGGAAGCUCACUUAGAUAAAUUACUUCCAAAUUUGCCUGAUAUUAUAGAGUUUAUGCUUCUUCGCACUCAAGAAACCGAUGAAAAUAUUUCAAGGGAGGCAUGUGAAUUUUGGCUUUCGCUUUCUGAACAACCUGUAUGCCACCAAGCUCUGUCGCCGUAUAUUGGGCGACUUAUCCCAGUCUUAGUUUGUGGAAUGAAGUAUUCAGAAAGUGACAUGGUGUUACUUCGAAAUGAUUUAGAAGAAGAUGCUCACCUGCCUGACAAGGAAUGCGAUAUUCGACCGCGGUUUCAUAAGACAAAAAAUAAACUUUUCUCUCCGGAGGAUGAUGACGAAGAUGAAGACGACGAUUACGUUUCCAAUUGGACUCUCAGGAAAUGUUCUGCUGCUGCCCUUGAUGUGUUGGCUAGUGUGUUCCACACAGAUUUCUUACCUAUUUUGUUGCCAAUCACAAAAGAACUUCUGUUUUCUCCUCAGUGGGAGCUUAAGGAGUCUGGUAUUUUGGUUCUUGGUGCUAUUGCAGAAGGUUGUAUGAAGGGCAUGAUUCCAUACCUUCCAGAGUUAUGUCCGUUCCUCAUUGGUUGUCUAUCGGAUGAUAGGCCUCUCAUACGUAGUAUAACUUGUUGGACAUUAAGCCGUUAUUCUCAUUGGAUCGUCGGACAACCUCAUGAGCAAUACUUCAAACCUUUAAUGGUUGAGCUCCUCAAAAGAAUUUUGGAUUGUAACAAACGUGUUCAGGAGGCAGCCUGUUCUGCUUUCGCUACUCUAGAAGAAGAAGCAUGUACAGAUCUCGUCCCAUAUCUGGACCUCAUCUUACGAACUCUCGUGUACGCGCUUAAACAAUAUCAACACAAAAACUUGUUUAUUUUAUAUGAUGCUAUAGGUACACUUGCAGAUUCUGUUGGUCAUCAUCUCAAUCGACCGGAUUUCAUAGAGAUGCUUAUGCCGCCGCUUUUUGAGAAGUGGAACGUUUUACGAGAUGAUGAGAAAGACUUAUUCCCCCUUCUGGAGUGCCUUUCUAGCAUGGCUACUGCUCUAGGAACAGGUUUCCUACCCUACUGCGCUCCUGUGUUUAGUCGAUGUGUUAAUUUAAUUGAUAGAACAAUACAACUCAGUAAGCUACAUGCUCAACAACCAGAAGUAUAUGAACCACCAGACAAAGACUUUAUGGUGAUUUCUCUGGAUCUCCUAAGUGGGCUUAUGGAAGGUCUUGGGUCUCAGAUGGAACAUUUAGUAUCAAGUAGCCCCUUAGUAAAGUUACUGUGUGAAGCAGCUCAAGAUGCUCAACCAGACGUCCGCCAGAGUAGUUUUGCUCUCUUGGGUGAUUUAACAAAGGCAUGUUUUGCGCACAUCCAACCUCAGAUUGGUCAGUUUAUGACAAUUUUGGCUAAUAAUCUGAGUUCUGAGCAUAUAUCUGUUAGUAACAAUGCUAUUUGGGCAAUCGGAGAAAUUUGUAUUCAAUUGGGUGAAGGGAUGGCACCGUUUGCUUCUUUGUUCAUUCAUCCCUUGAUAGAAAUUAUCAAUCGUCAAAGCACACCUAAGACACUCCACGAAAAUACUGCGAUAACGAUUGGACGUCUUGGUUUUGUUUGUCCUGGUGAAUUGGCUCCUCAUCUAAGCACUUUCAUUCGUCAGUGGUGUCUGUUUCUGCGCAAUAUAAGGGACAAUGAAGAAAAAGACAGUGCAUUUCGUGGUAUUUGUAAUUUGAUUACGCUCAAUCCUGCCGGUGUCUUGCACGAUUUUCUUUUCUUUUGUGACGCUGUAGCUUCUUGGAAUAAUCCUAAAGACGAUUUAAAAGAUAGAUUUAAUGCCAUUUUACAUGGAUUCAAAGUCCAGGUUGGAGAAGAUGAUUGGACUGAUUCAUGUAAUGCGAUGAAAUUAGAAGAACAAAUGUCGCUUUAA